GACAUUUAUGUCCAAAUUCCUAUUUGUUUAAACCGUUUUGCCUUCCAUGCUUGGAGGGAAAUAAGAUCUAGUUUCAAUAUUUUGCCUUUGCUUGUGUAGUAUUUCCUCCCUCAUUUCCAGGAUCUCUUAUUUGCUCUCUCCCUCACUUUCUACACACUCUCUCUCCCUCUUUCUGCACUCUCAAAGUCCCCCUCCCCACUUUCCCCUUUCCCCAAACACUGAUUUCUGAUUAAGUUGAACACUAUCCCCGGUAAAGUUUGCACCUGCCUCUUUUAGUAAAGUUCCUUCCAGAGCUUCGGCAGGGGCUUACACUUUCUCUGCACCUCUCAUUCAAGUAUUCUCUUUCUCCCUGCUCCUUUUGAAAUCCAUUGGAUGCCCUAGGCGAGGAUUCGGCUGUUUUCUGGGACUCCCAUUAUUACAGUACCGUUAAUCCUGCUGGAAGUGGACGAGAAGUGCUCCUCUGUUUGGAUGUCCACCCCCCCCUCCCCUCCCACCACCAUCACCACAACAACCACCACCACCCCUCAGUCUUUCUCCAGUCCUCUCCUCACUUCUUUUAAACUCUGUGGAUGUUCCCAGCUGGAUGGAACACAGCUGUGUACUGGAGGCAGCCUGGUGAGAGUGGUGAGGAGCUAAAUGUCCAUCUUCUGAAAGCAGGAUGCUCAGGCCAGGCACUCCAGUCAUUCUGUUCCACCUCUUUAGCUUCUUUACUCAAAGAGAAGCUCUUUCUCAAGAGAUCAUGUACCCCUAUGGGCCCGUCCACCGAGAUCUGGAGACACCCAAGAUGGAUGAUGGAAGUUCCACUGAAAUAAUUAUACUCACGCCAUUCAUUUUCUUUAAUAACCCCUAUCGCUCAAUCUAUGUCAACAACAACGGUGUGAUCUCCUUCAACGUGCAGGUGAGCCAGUUCACCCCCGAGGCCUUCCCCCUGAGUGACAGCAGAUCCUUCAUCGCCCCACUAUGGGCAGACGUGCACAACGGCAUCCGCGGAGACGUGUACUACCGCGAGAGCGCAGACCCAGAGUUACUGGAGCGGGCCUCACAAGACAUCCGCAAGUACUUCAAGAACAUGCCCACCUUCACAGCCACCUGGAUUUUCAUCACAACCUGGCACCAGGUCACCUUCUACGGAGGCAGUCAGACCACCCCGGUUAACACGUUUCAGGCUGUAUUGAUAUCAGAUGGUCUGUCAUGCUUUUCCAUGUUCAACUAUGGAGAGAUCAACUGGAGCACAGGCACUGCAAGUGGAGGAGACCCUCUGACUGGUUUAGGUGGAACCACAGCACAGUCAGGUUUUAAUGGAGGAGACAUUGGUCACUUCCUCAACCUGCCUGGGUCCCGCUCCAAUGACGUGGUUGAAAUUGAGCAGACGACCAAUGUUAAUCUGCCUGGCCGCUGGGUCUUCCGUAUAGACACUGCCCUGAUAGACCCAGCCAAUGGCUGCAGUUACAAUGGGCGGUUCUAUCGCCGCGGCGAGAUCUUCUGGCUGUCUGAUCAGUGCUCCCAGCGGUGCCGCUGCCUAGACUUGGACAAUGAGGUGCUCUGCCAGGAGGCGCCAUGCGGCCAGCUGGAAACAUGCGAGCAGCAGGAGGGUGCCUUCUACUGCCAGCCCACACGCACCAGCACCUGCGUGGUUUUCGGUGACCCACACUACCAUACCUUUGACGGCUUCCUCUACCACUUCCAGGGCACCUGCUCCUAUUUGCUUGCGCGGCCAUGCUGGGAGGUGGCCGGCCUGCCCUUCUUCAGCGUGGAGGCAAAGAACGAGAACCGCGGCGUGGCCUCCGUAUCCUGGUUGAGGGACGUCACUGUGGAGGUGUACGGCCACCGCGUCACCCUGCCUAAGGGCAGCCAGGGCACUGUACAGGUGGAUGGGCUGGUAAAGACACUGCCAGUCCAACUCCAGCUGGGUGCGGUCAGGGUGUACCAGUCAGGUGUUGCUGUCGCCCUGGAGACCGACUUUGGCCUCCUGGUGUCUUACGACGGGCAGCACUAUGCCUCUAUCUCCCUGCCUAGCUCCUACUUCAACAACACAUGCGGCCUGUGUGGUAACUAUAACGAUGACCCUGCUGACGACCCUGUGCUGCCCGACGGCUCGCUGGCCGAGAGCGUGGUGGAGCUAGGUGGCAGCUGGCGGGCAGAGGAUGCUGACUGGCGCUGCACGGAUGGCUGCGCUCAGAACUGCAGUAUCUGUGACCCGUUGACCGAGGCGUUCUACUUCCGCCCGGACUACUGUGGACUCAUCAACAAGACAGACGGCCCUUUCAGGGACUGCAGGGCAGUGGUGGACCCCACAGCCUUCGUCUAUAGUUGUGUCUACGACAUGUGCAGCAACAGGGACAACAUUACCACCCUCUGUCAGGCCAUCCAGGCCUAUGCCUUAGCCUGCCAAGCCCUGGGGGUCACCAUACGACCCUGGAGAUCACGCACCUUCUGUGCCCUGACAUGCCCUGAGUCCAGCCACUACCAGGUGUGCACCAGUGCCUGCCCGGCCUCUUGCUCAGACCUCACCGCUCACCUGUACUGUGCCCACCCCUGCACCGAGGGCUGCCAGUGCGACCCGGGCUACGUGCUAAGUGGCAGCCGCUGUGUCCGGCGGCAGAACUGCGGCUGCGAGCGUGAUGGCCUUUACUACCCCCUCAACGACACUUUUUGGGCGGGCCCCACUGGUGAGGCCAGAGAGUGUACCCUGCGCUGUGUCUGUGGGCCCAACGGCGAAGUCUCCUGCUUCAACGACUCGUGUAGAGAAGGCGAGGUGUGUGUGGCGGAGGUCGGCCUGUUGGGUUGUUACCCCCGCAGGGAGGGAGUGUGUUCUCUGGGCCAGAACGUUGUGACGGCCUCCUUCGACGGGGCCUCCAUGUUCUUUCCGGACGACAGCUCCUACUACCUGCUGAGGUCGUGCGGGCCGACGCCAGCCAACGUGUCGGCUGUGGAGGUGAAGAUGGGCCGGCGGUUGGUGAACAAGGGUCCGGCCUGGAUGAGGCCCGUGGUGGUCAGGGUGGCCAACCUGGAGGCCCAGAUGGGUGGAUCGGACUUUGACACAGUGAAGCUGAACGGUGAGCCGGUACUACUACCUUAUAUCCACCCUCUGGAGACCCUGAUGAUCUACCGCGCCCCGGGCAACGCCACCGUGGUGGAGUCCAGCGGAUUGGUCCUAGUCCGCUACACCCGCCAGGGCUUCCUCAACAUCUCCCUCUCUACCCUCUUUCACAACGCCACCUGUGGCCUGUGCGGCCUCUUCAACGGAAAUGCCAGCGACGACCUCCGUCUACCCAACGGCCGUCUGGCCGAAUCCCCCGAACUCUUUACCGAAGGAUGGCGGGCCAUCGCCGACGACCUGACAUGUAACGGCGAUUGCGACGACCUGUACCGCAUGUGCACAGACCUGCGGCUCUACCAGAGCCCAUGGAUGUGCGGCAACAUCAACGACCCGGGGAACAGCUCCUUCCUGGCGUGCCACGGUGCCAUCAACCCCUCGCCUUUCUUCCGGAACUGCCUGUACAACAUGUGCGUGCGGGAGGGAAACCGCUCAGCGCUCUGCUCUUCGCUGCAGGCGUAUGCCUCAGCCUGUCAGGACGCCCAGGUGGGCCUUGCCGCCUGGAGGAGUGCUACCAAUUGCCCCUUGCCCUGUCCAGAGAACAGUCACUUCGAUGAGUGCACUAGCGCGUGCCAGCUGACCUGCGCCGGCCUUGACGAGCCCGACGAGCCGUGCCCACUGCCCUGCCAGGAGGGUUGCCAGUGCGAGGAGGGCUUUGCGCUACGCGAUGGCCAGUGCGUGGCACGCAGUGACUGCGGCUGCCUCGACCUUGGCAGCCGGCAGCUGACCACCAACCAAACCUUCUGGACCGACUGGGAGUGCAAAGAGCGCUGCUACUGCAACGGCUCGGACAACAGCGUCUACUGCACUCUGGCACCAUGUGGGGAGGGCGAGUACUGCCAGGAGGGCCUUGAGGGCCUCUAUUUCUGCCAGCCGCGCACCGAGGCGCUAUGUGUUGCCGCCGGUUACAGCCACUUCCUUCCGUUCGGUGGUGUGCCCUUCGAGCUACAGAGCAGCUGUACCUUGAGGCUGGCUACGACGGCGUGCAACGGAAGGGUGGUGGGGGAGGAUGAUGGGGAUCAGAGCCCCGCCACCCAGCCUGGGACGAGCAGCAGCGACACCUUCCCUCACUUCAAGCUGUCAGCCCAGAACGAGGAGAGGGACACGGGGCAGGCCAUCUGGGUGAGAGGGUUCAUCUUGGAGGUUUACGGCUAUGAGAUCGAGGUGUCUCGGAGCUACAAACACACCAUCACGGUGAAUAAGGAGCGUCUAUACCUGCCUCUGAAGCUGGGACCAGGGAAGGUCCACAUCUUCACCUUCGGCAUGCAGCUGGUGUUGGAGACGGACUUUGGCCUGAAGGUAGCCUUCGACUGGAACACCCUGCUCCUGCUCACGCUGCCCAGAAGCCUCUACAACGCAACCUGCGGCCUGUGCCAGGGCAUGCCACUCUCCUCUCCUCCCACCUUCACCACCAACGACUGGGGCAUGGCCUGGGCCGAUCGGGACACCUUCUGCCAGGUAGGCUGCGGCGACUCGUGCCCACGUUGUGGAUUGGUCGAGAGAGGCCUCGGCGCCGUCGACGCCCCUCUCCUUGUCACGGAUGCCAACGUGGAAGAUGGGGCCCAAAAUGUUGAGGGAGGAGGCAUCAAUGUUGAAGGCGGGGGCUACACAGGAAUCCGAUUCCACCUGGGUGACGGGCUGUACGUGUUUGUGGAGCCCGAGGCAGUGCGUCUGUGCGGGCUGAUCGCGGACCGCGGUGGUGUGUUUGCACGCUGUCACAGCAAGGUGGUGCCAGCGUUCUUUUACCAGAGCUGUCUGCAGGACACGUGCCUGGACCAGGGCGCCCCAGAAACUAUUUGCAACUGGCUGCAGAUCUACACCAGCACAUGCCAGACCCAGGGGGUGCGCGUGUUAGGCUGGAGAAGUGACACGCCCUGUGUGCUGACAUGCCCAGCCAACAGCCACUACUCUGGCUGCAUGUCAGUGUGCCAGCCGCAGUGUGCCCCAGCCCGAGGCCAGAGGGAGUGCACCCAGGACUGUGUGGAGGGCUGUCAGUGUGACCAGGGCUACGUCCUCAACGGCAAAGGCUGCAUCCUGCCCCAGAACUGUGGCUGCUACACAGACGGCAAGUACUAUGAGCCCAAACAGCUGUUCUGGAAUGGCGACUGCACCAAGCGCUGCCAGUGCAUUGGCCGCAACCUCAUCCAGUGCGACCCGCGCCGCUGCAAAGCCGAGGAGGAGUGUGCCCUGCACCACGGUGUGCGUGGCUGCUUUGCCCGGCGCUCGCAGCACUGCGUGGCAUCCGGCGGUGGUGUCUUCAGGACCUUUGACGGGGCGUCCUUGCGCCUGCCUGCCUCCUGCUCCUUCGUGCUGUCCACCAACUGCCACAAGCUACCUGACCUCUCCUUCCAGCUCAUCGCCAACUUCGACAAGUGGAGCACGCCAAACCUCACCACCAUCUCCCACGCAUACCUCUAUAUCAACGAGGAGAAUAUACUGAUUUCCGGGAGCACUGUGAAAGUGAACGGCACACCCGUAUCGGUGCCAUUCGUCACGGGUUUAAUGACACGCGUCUCCACGUCGGAGGGCUUCCUGGUCAUCGACACACCACAGGACAUCCAGGUGCGCUACAACCGCUUCAACACGCUUAGUAUCACCAUGGGUCAGCGGCUGCAAAACAAGGUGUGUGGCCUUUGUGGCAACUUCAACGGAGACCCCACUGACGACUACAUCACCUCCCGCGGGAAGCCAGCCAUCAGCGCCCUGGAGCUGGCCCAGAGCUGGAAGACCAAUGGCAUGCAGAACAGCUGUGACGAGACCCAGUACGUGGCACUGGCCCAGUCGUGCGAGAACACGGCCGUGCUUGGCCUCCAGGGCGAGGAGGGGUGCCAGAAGCUCACCCAAAUGAAGGGCUUCUUCCAGCCCUGCCACGGCCUGCUGGACCCCAGGCCAUUCUACCAGUCCUGCUACCUGGACGGCUGCUACAACCACCGCAAGGCCCAGGUGUGCGGCUCGCUCGCUGCCUAUGGCGAGGCCUGCCGCUCCCUGGGCACGCUCACAACAAAAUGGAUCGCGCAGGAGAACUGCUCAGAAUGGAUCUAUGACCCCUGUGCAGGAGAGAUCUGCACCAACAACACGUGUGAGCAGGAAAACGGGGGAGACCUGUGUGGCUGCCCCGAGCUGCCCAACAACGCUGGGGACGAGGAUGACAUCAUCCAGGCAGAGGUGACGUGUAAACACGCACAGAUGGAGGUGUCCAUCUCCAAGUGUAAGCUCUUCCAGCUGGGCUUCGAGCGUGAGGACGUGAGGAUCAACGACCAGCACUGCCCCGGCAUCGAGGGAGAGGACUUCAUCUCCUUUCACAUCAACAACACUAAGGGCCAUUGCGGCUCCAUCGUACAGUCCAACAGCACACACAUCAUGUACAAGAACACGGUGUGGAUUGAGAGCGUGAACAACACUGGCAACAUCAUUACCAGGGACAAGACAAUCAACGUGGAGUUUUCCUGCGCCUACGAGCUGGACCUCAAAAUAUCUCUGGAGACCGUGCUUAGGCCCAUGCUCAGUGUGAUCAACCUCACCCUCCCCACCCAGGAGGGUAACUUCAUCACUAAGAUGGCACUGUACAAGAACUCGUCGUACCACCAGCCGUACCGCGAGGGCGAGGUGGUGCUGAGCACGCGGGACAUCCUCUUCGUGGGGGUGUUUGUGGAGGGAGCCGACGAGAACCAGCUCAUCCUUAUCGUCAAUAUGUGCUGGGCCACGCCGUCCCGCUACAGCAGCGACCGUCUCCGCUACAUCAUCAUAGAAAGAGGUUGUCCCAACAUCAAGGAUAACACCAUAGGCAUGGCUGAGAAUGGGGUGUCCCUCACCUGCCGCUUCCACGUCACAGUCUUCAAGUUCAUUGGGGACUAUGACGAGGUCCACCUCCACUGUGACGUGUCGCUGUGUGACCACGAGAUCAAUGCCUGCAAAGUGAACUGUCCCCACAACAGGAGGAUGUACACGGACUACAGCAAUCACAAGGAGCAGAUCCUCACUGUAGGACCCAUCAGAAGGAGAGAGUCGGACUGGUGUGAGGUGGGGAACGGGGGCUGUGAGCAGAUCUGCACCAGUAAAGGCAUGGGAGCUGUGUGUAGCUGUGUGACUGGGAUGCUGCAGAGGGACGGAAAGAGCUGUAGAGCUGUCAGCUCCAGCGUUGACCUACGACCCCUCGUUCUCCCUCUGGCCCUUAGCACGGUGGUCUCCGUGCUCCAUGCUCACUCACACACUUUUCUCUUCUCCUAACACUGGGAGGACAGUUAGAGAGAGAGAGACAGAUAAAAAGAGAAGAGGAGAGCAAUGUAACACGAAAUAACAGCAAAAUAUAGAACAGGCAUCUACAGUUUCUGCUCACGGUCACAGAGACAUCCACAGCAACCAAUCACAGAGACAAGAAGCCCUUCCCUCUGGAUGGACUUGACAACAGCAACAACUCACAAGGCCCUGGAUCACAACAACAACAACAAGGCCCUGGAUCACAACAACAACAACUCGCAAGGCCUUGGAUCACAAAAACAACAACCACAAGGCCCUGGAUCACAACAACAACUCACAAGGCCCUGGAUCACAACAACAACAACAACUCACAAGGCCCGGGAUCACAUUAACAACAACUCACAAGGCCCUGGAUCACAAUGAAAAAAGCCCCCCUAAAGAAUAUUUUUACUCACAUAAACUUUAGCUAGACACAAGAAAGUCAGUAUAUUUCAUUUAAAAAACAGCUUAGUGAGUUAGUAUUAGAUAAAGCGUAUUUUUAUGAAAGGUGAGGGCAUAGUUUGCCCUACAUUUAUCUUUGAUGGCAAAGCUUGGUUUCCAAAAUGAUUAAAAAAUAUAUUUUAUUAUUAUCAUCAUUAUCAUUAUUUAUGUGUAAAGUCUAAGGCUGUGUAUGUGAAUUGAUUAAUUUUUCCCCACUCAACCCCUUAUCCCCAACUCUGAAAAUAUUGAAUGAGUCUCAAUAACAUACAAUGUGCUGGUAGAUGUGCCUUGACUACCAAAGGGUUUGGUCAUGUCACACUGCCAUUCUAUGUGCCUACUCAUGUGCCAGCCUCAAUCAGAAACAGUUCUAAAAUAAUUUGUAUGUUCAAAAUGAUACUCCUAGAAACAUUUGAUUGAAAAAUAAUGAAUAUUGUGAAAGUUAAAUUACUUCUCAAAAUGUUUUUUUUUUGUGCACAACAUACAUUUUGUAAAAACCAAUGCAGGUCCAGUUCUCCAGACCAGUUCUCCAAAAAAGCAAUGUGACCUGUGUCAAAAUACACCCACCUAGGCUACUGUUAUCAGCAUGUGAAAUAAGCAAUGUUUUUGUACAAUGACACAGAAAGAAGCUCAUCCCACUCCAUAUAGCUAGCAAUAACCAUUUAUGUUAGAAAAUAUUGGAGUAUCUCAUAACAUUUUCAUUAUGUACAAAUGUAUACUGAACAAAAAUAUAAAUGUAACCUGUAAAGUGUUGGUCCCAUGUUUCAUGAGCUGAAAUAAAAUAUCCCAGAAAUGUUCCAUACGCACAAAAAGCUUAUUUCUUUCCAAUGUUGUUCACAAAUAUGUUUACAUUCCUGUUACUGAUCUUUCCUCCUUUGCCAAGAUAAUCCAUCCACCUGACAGGUGUUGCAUAUCAAGAAGCUGAUUAAACAUCAUUACACAUGUGGACAAUAAAAGGCCACUCUAAAAUGUGCAUUUUUUUCAUACAACACAAUGUCACAGAUGUCUCAAGUUUUGAGGGAGCAUGUGAUUGGCACGCUGACUGCGUACAGUAGAUGUCCAACAGAGGUGUUGCCAGUGAAUUUAAUGUUCAUUUCUCUACCAUAAGCUGCCUCCAAUGUCGUUUUAGAGAAUUUGGCAGUACAUCCAACCGGCCUCACAACCGCAGACCACGUCUAUGGCGUUGUGUGAUCGAGCAGUUUGCUGAUGUCAAUGUUAUGAACAGAGUGCCCCAUGGUGGGGUUAGGGUAUGGGCAGGUAUAAGCUAUGGACAACGAACAAAAUUUACAUUUUAUCAACGGCAAUUGGAAUGCACAGCGAUCGAUACCGUGAUGAGAUCCUGAGGCCCAUUGUUGUGCCAUUCAUCCGUUGCCAUCACCUCAUGUUUCAACAUGAUAAUGUUGCAAGGAUCUGUACACAAUUUCUGGAAGCUGAAAGUGUCCCAGUUCUUCCAUGGCCUGCAUACUCACCAGACCUUUCACCCAUUGAGCUUGUUUGAGAUGCUCUGGAUCAACGUAUAAGACAGUGUGUUCCAGUUCACGCCAAUGUCCAGCUACUUCGCACAGCCAUUGAAGAGGAGUGGGACACCAUUCCACAGGCCACAAUCAACAGCCUGAUCAACUCACGCUGCAUGAGGCAAAUGGUGGUCACACCAGAUACUGACUGUUUUUCUGAUCCUCGCACCUACUUUAUUUAUUUAUUAAGGUAUUUGUGACAAACAGCUGCAUAGCUGUAUUCCCAGUCACGCGAAAUCCAUAGAUUAAGCCUAAUGAUUUUAUUAUAAUUUACUAAUUUGCUUAUAUGAACUGUAACUCAAUAAAAUAUUUUUAAUUGUU